GGGGAGAUGAGCAGCGGCGGGAGGCGGCGGCGGAGGCGCAGGGGGGCAGCGCGGCCGCAGCGCGCAUCCCGCAUGGACCACGAGGCGGGCGAUGGGGCAGGUCCUGGGAUUCGCCCAUUGCAAAGAGUCUCCGUCUACCGCUUCCACCACACCUGACUCCACAGAUGGUGGCAACGAUGAAUCCGACUUCCCUGAACUGCAGACGGCGAGGGAAUUCUCGGAGGACGAGGAAGACGAGGAGGUGUCUCUGGAGUGGGGCACCCCCCGAGAGCUGACUUUUUCCUACAUCACCAUCGCGGGGCCCCUCAACAGCAGCCCCACGCUGGGGGAGCACGCCCCCCGGGGCAGGCGCGACUCCCAGACCCGCCGAGCGCGGGCCCCGCUGCCGCGUACGGACACCUGCGAGACCUUUGUGCCGGCGCUGGGGGACAGUUUGGAGAAUAUCCCCAGCCUCUGUCCGUCCCCCGAGGGAGAGGGGGCGCCCCCUCCGGUUGACGGCCAAGGACUGGACCCUUUUUUGGGCUGGGAAGCCCAUGCAGGCUCCGUGGAGGAAGCAGACCGAGGGAAAGGAGAGGGGGCACAAGGGUCGCAGAGGCACAGCCCCCUGGCACAGGCGCUGGUGGAGAGACAGAGCAGCAGCAGAAGCAGCGAGUCGUCCUCAGAAACUUCCCUGGAGGACCUGCCGCCACCCGACGCCUUAGCGCCCCACCCGGAACCGGGCGCCCCCCGCGGUGCUGACACCACCCAGCACCCAGCACUGACCUCAUCCGAGUUUUGCCAACACCCGUCGUGGGACGAGGAGGUGGAGCAGAGGGAGGAAGAGGAGGAGGAGGAAGACCGGGCGCCGAUCUCAGAGCAGCAUCAAGCCGAGCCGGACCAAUCAGGGAACACUCUGGAAAACUGCCCCGUAGUGGCAGACUUGGUGUACUGGCGCGACACCCGCAAGUCGGCGUUCGUCUUCACCACCUUGAUGGUGGCCCUGCUGUGCCUGCUGCACUUCAGCAUCAUCAGCGUGGCCUCCUACGUCUCCCUGGCGGCCCUCAGCGUCACCAUCUCUCUCAGGGUUUACAGCAAAAUACUACUCGCCAUCCACCGAGGGGAAGGACACAACCCUUUCCAGGCCCAGCUGGAUGCUGACUUGGGGCUGUCAAAGGAGCAGCUGGAGCGCCUCACGGAGCGGGUCGUCUUCUACGUCACGUCGGGCACCAAGUCCCUCCAGCGCCUCUUCCUGGUGGACGACUUGGUGGAGUCCAUUAAGUUUGCUUUCCUGUUCUACAUCCUCACCUACGUGGGAGCCGUCUUCAAUGGGCUGACUUUGCUGAUACUGGGUGUGAUAAGUGCAUUUACCUUUCCUCUGCUGUACAGGCAACAUCAGGCACAGAUUGACCAGUAUGUGGGGCUGGUGAGGAAUCAGUUGAGUAACCUCAGAGCAAAAAUGCUGUCCAAGCUGCCGACGGCCAAAGCGAAAGCCGAAUGAAUGAACCCCCCCCUCCUGCUCUGACCCCCUUCCACACACACACGGAUAUAUAUAUACACCCACACAU